AUUUUAUUUUGGUGGGAGAGUGGUAGAAACUAGAAAAAAAUAAAACAGGGUUGGAUCCUCUGGUCUCUGGUCUUAUCUUAUCUAUCUGUGUUGGUACGUAGACAGAGAGGGAGCAGUGCCGCCGGGAAUGGCUGUUUCGUCGGUGAUUAACCGUCCUUUCCUUCGUCUUCAUGAAAACCUAAGUUCACCUUUACCUUCACCCGUUGCUCCUCAAUUCCAUUUCCACCCCAAACUCAAUUUCCCAUCCCUCCCAAUUCGAUGUUCCUCCUCCCCUUUCCAUGACAACACCCUAAUUUCCAUCAAAACUAAUAAAAACCCCCACCUCAAUAACCCUCUCGCUUGUCGCUUUCACACUGCCCAGUAUGGAGGACAGGAGAGCAACAAAUCGUAUGUUGAAGCCUAUGCUGUGGGGCGAAAUAUUCGUAUGUCUGCUAAUAAAGCUCGAAGAGUGAUCGAACAGAUUCGUGGACGUCCAUACGAUGAGACACUAAUGAUAUUAGAACUCAUGCCUUAUCGAGCCUGUGAAGCCAUUCUGAAAAUAGUGUUUUCGGCAGGAGCAAAUGCUAGCAAUAACAUGGGUUUAAGCAAAGGAAGUUUAGUUAUUAGUAAAGCAGUGGUUGAUGAAGGCAAAACUAUGAAAAGGAUAAGACCUCAAGCACGAGGACGGGCUUAUCCAAUUAGAAAGCGCACUUGUCAUAUAACCAUCGCAGUGAAAGGCUUACCUAGUGAGGCCCCCGUCGAAGCAAAGCCUGCUUAAUCCAAUCCUAUAUUUGUUUUUGGGACAAAAUGAUUGCCUUAUUUUGAACCUACUCUGCCAAUUACAUUUGAUGAAAAUUGCUGCAUUUCAAUGUUUUGUAGUUCGUUUAUACAGUGACUUUAGAGGAGUAAUGAUCGUAUUAUAUGCGUACGUCUAUGUAAGAACUGUUUGAAUGUUCAAUUUAGUUAGGGCUCAACAUGAAAUGUUUUAGCUUUGAAAUUUUGCAGAGUUUUGUGAGUUUAGUUUAGUACUUUUUAAGUUUUUUACAAAAUGUUUACAGGAUUUAACACGCACGUAACUUGUAUUUAAAAAUGAACAAUUCUUCAAGUUACCAAAUAUUAGCUCUUUUC